ACUAAUAUCAUGCCACGGAGGGGGGUAGGAUAUAAGCAAAAGUGGAGAGUGGGAGUAAGAGAUUAGGAAAGUAAAGUAGAAAAACCCUCGUAGAGAUUUCUUCACCGUCCGGCAAGUGAGCAUGAGUCGCUCAAUCGUUGUCCUCUUGUUGUUGUUUCUUGUCUCAAAUCCAUCACCUUGUAGUUCCUCUUUUACUUUCCCAUAUUCCAACUACCACAUCCUCCUCUCUCUCUCUCAUUCCCUCUUAUCCCGUGUCGCCAAUCUCCGUGAAGCGCGUGGUGACUACCAUGCCGCUGACCGAGCUCGAUCCAUUGCUAGAAUAUUGGAGAAUGGUUUGGAUAUUGGUAGUUUCUGGAACAUUAUGUGGAGUGUUGCUUGGGAUUAUGAUUGGAGAGAUGCUGCUACCUCGUUUGAUAUGUCUGAGUUGAAUGAAAUGUUGCGUGGUCUUACUGAGUUUUCCACUGUUGGUUCCGAUAGGGAAAGGGUUGACUGGAUUAAUCGGAAUUAUCAUAAUCUUUUGAAAGUUUCGACAUCUCUUUUUGGUAGAUUGAGGAAGGUCUUUCGACAAUCUGGUGAGGCACUUUGGAGAAAUGCAAAAAAAAACAUGGAAAAUACACUUGCUAGGCUCGAACUUGGGUGGAUUCCUGCAUUAGCGAGGAAACUAACCAGCGAGCCACAACUCAAGUAUGUCAAGUCAGUUGUUUUUGUACUUGGUCUAAUAUUUUUUAAGCAGGGUCCGCUGAAGGAAGUAAUAGAAACACUUCAGAAGGAAGUCUUAGAAGGCGAUUUGCUUAAGGACUGCCUUGAAUUGGGAACUACUGAUUUGAAGGGCCUACUCAUGGUUUUCAAGGAUAUUUCUUCAAAACAUACCUCUACUUCCUCUACCGGGGCAGACCUGUGACUGAGUGAAGUUGAAACCAAGGUGUUAUGGUUAACUCUUAACUACGUUGUGGCUUUCCAGUGCAGUACCAACACAAGUGCAAAAAGAUCAACGUAGAAGUAG